UCUCGUCACUCCAAAAUCAAUGGAGGGAAUGGAACGCUGCUCUGCCAAUUGUGUGUCUCUCACUCCAAUUACUUUCUUGGAGCGCUCUGCUGCGGUCUAUGGCGACAGAGCUUCUCUCGUCUACGGACGUGUCCGCUACACUUGGAGAGACACGCUCCAGCGAUGUACCAGACUCGCUUCUGCCCUAGUUCGCAAAGGAAUCUCGAGAGGAGAUGUGGUUGCUGCUUUGGCACCAAAUAUUCCAGCUAUGUACGAGCUUCAUUUUGCUGUACCAAUGGCGGGUGCAGUUCUUUGCACCCUCAACAUGCGCCACGAUGCAGCAAUGGUUUCUACAUUGCUGAGCCAUUCAGAAGCCAAAAUCAUUUUUGUAGACUACCAAUUCCUACCCAUGGUAAAGAGAGCAAUCAAACUUAUGUCCAAGACGACAGAAAAACUGCCUCUUGUUGUCGUUAUUCAAGAAUAUGAUCAGCCAUCCUCCUGCAUCAAUGGAGUCGACUCUGCUUUAGAAGAUCUAGAGUUUGAGAGCCUUUUAGCCACUGGAGAAGUUGAUUUCAAGAUCAGGCGGCCUAAAGAUGAAUGGGAUCCAAUUUCUCUCAACUAUACUUCUGGCACCACAUCAAGGCCAAAGGGUGUCAUUUACUCCCACAGAGGUGCAUAUCUGAAUACUCUGUCUACUGUUCUUCUAAAUGAUAUGCCCUCACUCCCUGUGUAUUUGUGGACUGUACCAAUGUUUCACUGCAAUGGAUGGUGUUUCUCUUGGGGCGUGGCUGCACAAGGCGGCACAAACAUCUGCCAGAGGACUGUAACUGCCAAAGAAAUCUUUGCUAACAUUUCUCAGCACAAUGUUACUCAUAUGGGCGGUGCACCGACUGUUCUGAACAUGAUUAUCAAUGCACCAAUUAGCGAACAGAAGCCACUUCCCGGAAAGGUAACCGUGAUGACAGGCGGCGCUCCACCGCCUUCUCAUGUACUCUAUAAGAUGAGAGCAUUGGGAUUCCUUAUUAUCCACUCAUACGGUUUGACAGAAACAUAUGGGCCAGCAACAGUUUGUAGUUGGAAACCUGAAUGGGAUUCCCUCCCCGAAGACCAACAGGCAAAAUUGAAUUCUCGCCAAGGACUACAACAUGUUGGGCUGGAGGGAGUGGACAUCAAGGAUCCUGUCACCAUGGAGAGUGCACCAGCUGAUGGAAAAACCAUGGGUGAGGUUAUGUUUAGAGGCAACACUGUGAUGAGUGGAUAUUUGAAGGAUCUCAAAGCCACACAGGAAGCUUUUAAUGGUGGGUGGUUUCGGAGUGGGGAUUUAGGGGUCAGACAUCCUGACGGUUACAUAGAACUCAAGGAUCGUUCAAAGGACAUUAUAAUUUCUGGGGGAGAAAAUAUUAGUUCAAUUGAAGUUGAGUCUGUGCUUUAUAGUCAUCCAUCGAUUCUUGAAGUUGCUAUUGUGGGAAGACCUGAUGACCACUGGGGAGAAACACCGUGUGCUUUUGUGAAGCUGAAAGAUGGGUGUAGUGCUAAUGGAGAAGAGAUCAUAAAGUUUUGUAGAGAACAUCUGCCUCAUUACAUGGCUCCACGAAGUGUCGUUUUUAGAGAUUUACCAAAAACUUCAACCGGGAAAAUUCAGAAAUUCGUGCUCAAGGAGGAGGCCACAGCCAUGGGUAGCCUCCAGAGAAGUAAACACAGCAGUUAAUGAAAAAUAAAAAUAUAUUAGGAAAAGGGUAUUCUUAUAAACCAAAUAAAGUACCAUGAAAUAAAUAUAUACUUACUAUAAUCCAA